AUAUCCCACUUCUUCUGAUCAUGUAUAUUUUGUGUUUUUAGAUUUUCAUUCUCCUGGUGAUAGAAAGUAUUGUGAUGAUAGUGUUAAGGACCCUGGAAUUCGAAUGCAAGACGCAAUUUCUCAUUAUAACCAUCCAAGUAAUGGCAUUUCAGAGGCCCAUCCAAAGCAAAAAAGAACAUGUGAAGAAUAUAAAGCUGAGCUGGAGAAGGAGAACUACUAUCUUCGUAGUGAAUUGCAAACAGAAUGUGAGCAAGAAAUCCAGACUCUUAAUGAGAAGAUAGAACGUCUUGAGAAUGCUUCGAAAGAAGAGAUAGUAGAGUUGAAGUCUGAAAUCUCCAGCCUAAAAAGAAUGGCAGGGUAUGCAUCCAAAAGAUUCUCAGGUAGAGCAGAUGAAGAUAUAGAUGAAUUCAUAAAAGAUUACAGACUCUAUCUUACAGUGGCCAACAUUACUACUGCUAAUGCAAGUGGCAAACAGAGAGCUUUAGAACUAUUUCGCAACUAUGCCGCUAUAGUGGCCUUAAAUAAUGCUAAUAUAAUGGCCGCCAUGAUUAAUGCACCAGAUAGUACUCCAGCACCAGCAUUAUCGAAUGAAGCUACUGGCAUUACAGUUAUUCUAGCACAUAAUGUUCAUAUGGAUGAGGAUUGGUCUCUUGCUGGAGGGUGUCCUGUAGACGCUGAUAUGACAAUUAAUGCAUUAAAUGGAGCUUUAAAUAAUAAUAACUAUAUAAUUCUUUCUGAUAUCAAUAUUAGUCAGGUCAUCUAUUGGUUUAAAAAGAAUUAUCCUACAGUUAUUUGA